UUAUUUUGUUUGUGGUGCAUUGAUUUUAUUGAAUAUUCGUGAAGAACGUUUCCGCGAAAAAAACUGGUCUUUUGGGAAACACCUCUAUUCACCCCCCCUCUAGAGGUGUGCGAGGCGUCUAACAAGUGGUAUCAGAGCGAGGGAUUUUCAAAGCUUUACCGCUGAAAAUUUAAAAAGAUCAUGGGCGGAAGAACAUUUCAACCCGGAGUUGCCGAAGGACAAUCCACGACAAGGCCACCACUCUUCGACGGCACAAAUUAUGCUUAUUGGAAAGAGAGGAUGAGAAUAUUCAUCCAAUCAAAUGAUUAUGAUUCUUGGAUGGUGAUCAAGCAUGGAGAGACGGUUCCCACGAAGAUUGUUGACGGGGUUCUUGUUCCAAAGUUAGAGACCGAAUAUACCUCAAAUGACAAGAAGAAGAUGCAACUAAAUGCAAGGGCCGUCAACUUUCUAUAUUGUGCCGUGAAUCCGGAUGACUAUCGCAAAAUCUCAAGGUGCAAGACGGCCAAUGAGAUGUGGAACAAAUUAGAGGUCACAUAUGAAGGAACAAGUCAAGUGAAGAACUCAAAGAUCAACUUACUCACCCAUGAGUAUGAGCUUUUCAUGAUGAUGGAAAAUGAAACAAUAGAUGGCAUGUUCGAGAGAUUUUCAACUAUCGUCUCAAAUUUGGAUACACUUGGAAAGCAUUAUGAGGAUCAUGUUCUCCAAUCUACUCCGUGUUGGGUGAAUUACUUGGUUGCGGUUUGUUUUCUUACUUUAUUAUCCACCGUCGACGCCGAGGUUGAGGUCGACGAGACCAUCGGUUCUACCGAUCAAAUCCCUCCCUUCAACGUUGCGGAUUCCGAUGACGAGGACCCCAUUCCACGGCCGAUCGGAAGAAAGAAGGCAAAAUCCAUUGCCUCUGGUUCGGGAGGGUCCGCCUCUGUUUCCGCUUCUCCCCGCGACGAAAUCGGUCGGGCAAUGGUUGAACAACUUCGGGCGUUCAAUCUCCAGGAACAAGAGAGGUUGAAGCUAAAGGAGAAGGAGUUGAAGAUAAAGGAGCAGGAGGCCGAGAUGAAAGUCAUGCAAACUGACCCCGGGACAUUGUCGGAGUUUGGACUAAUGAUUUAUGAGCAAAGAAUGAGAGAGAUCAAGGAGAAAUAUAAUUUACCUUAGUUUUUUUUAUUAAUGGAGAGGAGUGUGUGCCGACUAUCGUCACUCCUGUUAAAAAAAUUCAACAAAUUUG